AUGCCGUGGAUGGCUCAAAGCUCUCCUCGGGCCACCUCCGCCUCCUCCUCCUCUCCACCCUCCCACACCUCCGCCGUCUCUCCCUCCACGCCGGCGACAUCACCUCCAGCUGGGCCUCGGCCCUGCUCCAGAUCCUCCUUACACGCGAAACCGCUCAAACACAUCGACCUCUCACCCACCAUCGAUCGACCUCGCGGCUGGAGUUUCCUGCCGCCCGGGGUGAUGGAAUUCCGGGAGCGGGAGCUGCAGACGAGGUUGAGGACGAUGGAGAGUUUGUUGGUGCUGGAGAAUUUGGUGCUGGCGAGUGAGGGGUUGGCGGUUGGGGUGGCGGUGGAGGUUGUUCCGACUUCCUCUUCUCCCCAAGUCAAACGCGACAAACAACUCCAACCUCCAAACAACAACAUCACCACCACCAUCAUGACCGCAGGCGCGACCUCAAGCUCUCGGCAGUCUCAUUUGCAAACCUUUCCGAAUGAGCUCAUCGAGAAUAUCGUCGAGUUCAUUGAGGAUUGGGGACUGGAUAGUCUGCGGAGCCUUCGCCUCGUCUGUCGCAAUGUCCACCCGGUCGCCACCAAGUUUUACGCAGAGCAGCGGUUUGCCAAAAUCUGUCUAUCUGCCACAAAGUCCAAAGUAGAUGCGGCGACCGAUAUCUUUGCAAAUCCAACUUUGCGCCAGACUGUCAAGCAUGUGGAGCUCCACUUUCCUGGAUAUCAUACUUUGGUAUCUUAUCUCAACGCACUUGAAGACGACGUGAAGCACUUCCGUACCGAGAAGGAGACGCGCAGCACCGGUCAACCACACAGGACCGCUCUCGAAGUUUCGGAGGAGGCCUUCAAUGAAUGGCAAGCCGGGUUUCAGGCAACCUACGAUACAGAUUGCGAAGAGGUGGAUUUGUCACAACUGCUCGCGCUAUUCCCGAACCUGGGCAGACUCGAGUUCAAGAAGCUGAACCGAGCCAACUUGUCCUCGAAACUCCCAUGGUUGUCGCUGGCUGCGGCCAUCACGCCAGCGGGGACCAAGCUGGAAACUUUGGUGUUCGAAGACUGCGAGAUCACCGCAGACGACAUCCGUCAUGUUCUGUCCAUCUUCGACGCCACUACGACAUUGCACAUCGACGGCAAGUACACCAUCAUCAAUGACUGGGCGUCGGUCAUCUGCAGCAUCCUCGUGCACGGCAAAUCACUGAAGUGCCUGCACAUCAGUAAAAGCCUGGGCCCGAUGGUGCGGCUAUUGUCUAAGGACAUAGAUGAAGAGACCUGCCGCGAGUUCCAGAAGUUGUUUCGGACUUUUGAAAGCUACAGGAUCACUCCAAGGUCGGUGGAGGCCAGUGGUGAACUGGCCGUCAAGUACGCGUGCGAGAAGGUUGUGCGGAAUUUGGUUGGCAAUGAGGCAUUCGAGGACAUGCUCAGCAAGUGCAAGAACGGGAUCGAGAUUUGA